AUGGGGACGCAGGGCAGCCCAGUGAAGAGCUACGAUUACCUACUCAAGUUCUUGCUGGUGGGCGACAGCGACGUGGGCAAGGGCGAGAUCCUGGAGAGCCUGCAGGACGGCGCCUCCGAGUCGCCCUACGCCUACAGCAACGGGAUCGACUACAAGACAACCACCAUCCUGCUGGACGGCCGGCGAGUGAAGCUUGAGCUCUGGGACACCUCGGGCCAAGGCAGAUUCUGCACUAUCUUCAGGUCCUACUCUAGAGGCGCCCAGGGCAUCCUCCUGGUGUACGACAUCACCAACCGCUGGUCCUUCGACGGAAUCGACCGGUGGAUCAAGGAGAUUGAUGAGCACGCACCCGGGGUCCCCCGGAUCCUGGUGGGGAACCGUCUGCACCUGGCCUUCAAGCGGCAGGUGCCCACGGAGCAGGCACGUGCAUACGCCGAGAAGAACUGCAUGACGUUCUUCGAGGUCAGCCCGCUGUGCAACUUCAACGUGACCGAGUCCUUCACAGAGCUGUCCCGCAUCGUGCUCAUGCGCCACGGCAUGGAGAAAAUCUGGAGGCCCAACCGCGUGUUCAGCCUGCAGGACCUCUGCUGCCGCGCCAUCGUGUCCUGCACGCCCGUGCACCUCAUUGACAAGCUGCCGCUGCCCGUCACCAUCAAGAGCCACCUCAAGUCCUUCUCCAUGGCCAACGGCAUGAACGCCGUCAUGAUGCACGGCCGCUCCUACUCCCUGGCCGGCGGGGGCGGCGGCGGGGGCAGCAAAGGCAACAGCCUCAAACGGUCUCGCUCCAUCCGGCCCCCGCAGAGCCCGCCCCAGAACUGCUCCCGCAGCAACUGCAAGAUCUCCUAG